AUGGGAGUGGUAUCCGAAGAAUCUGUUCGUAAAUGCUUAAAUGAAGCGUUGAAACCAUCACACUUGGAAAUUACAGAUUUUUCUGAUGGCUGUGGUAAUAAAUACAAUAUACUCGUUGUUUCAGAAAAAUUUGAUGGUCUUUCAACUCUCGAAUCCCACAGAUUGGUACAAAAAGCGUUAGGUGAUAAAUUUGAUCACAUACAUGCAUUAUCUAUAAAUACAUAUACGUUAGAGAAGUGGAAAAACAAAUCGAAGUAG